UAUGGCUAAACGCUGGUGGUUCACAAUUUUACAUCAAAAAUUUAAGAUUCUACAAGUAUCACCCUAUCGGUUUAACAUUAGACUAAAUCAAACGAGUACUGGUUUUUCCGAUCCCAUAUGUAAUCGAAGCACGGGGAAUAAAAUAUCAACUCUUUUUGUACCCGGUAGGCAUGGGAAUGUUAUGUAUCAAAUCGUAAAGCCUCUCAUUGAUGUUAAUUACAUAAUAGAAAAUAUGGUUAAAAUUAAGCAUUCGUGUAACGUCAGAGAUCUUAAUUUCGAUUUUGAAUCUGCUGUCAUUGCAAUUAAAGAAUGGCAUAGUGUUAGAACCGAUUACCUGUUGAUGGUAGAUAAAGAACAAUUUUAUGCAGAGGAGAUUAAACGUUUAAAGACUAUCGGCGAUGAAAAGGAGGCGAGUAAGGUGAUAGCAAUAAGAUUAGCAUUUGUUGAAAAUCUCAAAGCAGAGAAAGAACGACUUCUUAGUAUUGAAGAUACAGUUAUGCCACUUCUACAAAAGAUUCCUGCUCUUGUACAUGCAGAAACUCCAGUAGACUCUAAUGUUUCAAUUUCACAAAUUGAAACUUUUAAAGGUGGCACCCAACCUUUAUCUCAUGUUGAGAUAGGGGAGAAACUAUCAUCACUGCAAUUUUGUGACAACUCCACCAUGUAUUUUAUGUCUGGGAAAAUAUCUGCCUUGGACCUAGGAAUACAGAUGUAUUUUUUUGAUAAAUUCAAAGCUCUCGAGUUUAUACCUAUGUCAUGUGUAGACUUUUGUAAAUCUUUCAUUGUUGAAGCUAUAGGUUGUGAUCCCUAUUCAAAUUCAGAUACCAUUCCUCUGCAUGAAAAAACCUCUAAAGAAAUUGGACAAAAACUUCAUUUGUGUGGUGGUGCAUCGUUUGAAUCAUUUUGUGCUUAUUUGACAAACAUGAAUGUGGAUAAGUCAAAUCUACCACUUAAGUACUUCUCAUUAGGACGUAGAUACAAUGCUAGAAAUCGAGAAUCAGGAAAUAAAGAUUUAUUUUCUGUAAUUCAGUCAACAAACCUCCAUUAUGCGAUCAUAAGCGAAUGUCUUUCCAGUGAUGAUUUUGAUUCAUUAUUUCAGGAAAUGGUGACAUUGUACAAAGAAAUUAAGAUACCAUUUCAAACUGUCGAUGUGGCGGCUAAAAAUUUGAACGUUGCUGAAAGUAGAAGAAAGCAGUUAGAGUUGUGGUCUCCAUCAAGAAAUCAUUACGUACCAGUUGCUCAUUUAUCACAGCAUAAUGAUUUUAUUUCAAAACGGCUGAAUAUUACUUAUGGAAUUCAGCAUGCUAAUGAAGGAUAUUGUCACAUUAUGGAAGGGGUUUCUGUUAACGUUCCCGUCUUAAUAGGGUGCAUUAUUGAAAAUCUGCAAAUUGAAAAUGAUUUUGAUAUUCCUGGUGUUUUACAGAAAAACUUUAGAUUAUUUUCAUCAUAACAAUGAUUAGUUUUAGAGUUAAAAAAGAAUCACUUAAGAUAUUCUUUUUUUUAAAACGCUAUGGUUUUUUUGGAAACAAUAGUUUUUGUAAUAGUAUAAAAAAUAAAUCUAUUUUUGAGCCCAAAAUAAGUAGAGGUUUUUAUAUAUUUUUGGAAAGAAAUGUGAGAAGUUUGAGUUUGUCAAUAUGUAUGCCUUAUGUAUAAAACUAACAAUGUUUGUAAAAAAACAAUGCUCUCAAAUGCAUGAGUUCUAUCAUGUUUAUAUAUUUUCUUCACUUAGGUUUUUGACUAAUGUAAAUAUUAUAGUUUGAACUAUUUGAUUUUUAAACAUUUCACCUGUUUUAAUUUAUACAAAAACUUGGAGUUCCUAAAAAUACCUUGUUUUAAUUUUUUUUGCAAAAAGGAAAAGAAAUGUACAAUAGAAACAUAUUAAGAAUGUUGUUUUUAAAAUUAUAAUGCAUUAUAUGAUAUGCUGAUUGAUAAAAUAAAAUAAUCUUGUUUAUACUGAAAAAUAGUUUUGUAUUUUUGUUUAAUAUACUUCAAAUUUAGUGAUAGCAAUACUUGUAGACC